GUUGCAAAUUUCCGGGGAAGCAACGGAAGAGGCUAUCUUAAAAGUUUGGAAGAAGCUGGUGCUGUUGCUUCAUCCGGAUAAGCUACAAUCCUUAGAUGAUGACACUAAAGCUAAAGGUGCAGAAGCUCUGCACGAGGUGCACGCUGCAAAAGAGGAACUGCGGCAGCGAGCGCAACAAGCUUGUGCACAGGUGCCAGUUCCUCCCACAAGAGGCAGCGCGCCGCGAUGCUUGAACGCCACACCUGGAGCAAGAAAGUACGAGAUUAGUUGGAUGCUGCCAGAAGUUCAGGAUCCCAAAGCUCCUAUUGAGAAAUAUGAGG